UUAUUAUUCAUGUGCCCAGAUGUGAGAACGUGGCUCACUGGGGAGUGCAGUGGCCUCGAGACAGGGAUGAAUUACUCCCUGAGCUCCCUGCAGCCCAUGGGGGCUGGCCUGGUAGCCAUGGUUGUGAGGGCAGCACCCCCAGGAAACAUGCUCAGUUUUUCCAUGGGUGGAAAUAUCUACAGAGGUAUAAAAGCACAUUAUCAGCUUGUUUGCAAACAGACCCAUGUGCAAACACGUGCGUCUGGGAGCUUUCAAGUGACAAGGUUACUGAGGAAAUGCCUGUGGCCACAGUAGUGCUGUCUUACCUUGUGCAGAGGCUUCAGAGGUGUGAACACAUCCUGUUUACAUCUGCCACUCAGAUGGAGAUGCUGAGGGGAGCACACGGCUGAGGGAGCAGUAAGAGGCAACGCCGCGCAUGGGAAGAGUCACUCGCAGUGCGUGACGGCCACAGCAUGGAUGCGCUGCCCAUCUACCAUGGUGGCAUCACCCGUGAGGCUGGGGAAAAGCUGCUGCUGGCAGCGGGUACUGAUGGCAGCUACCUGCUGCGGGACAGCGAGAGCAUCCCAGGAGUUUACUGCCUCUGUGUGCUGCAUCAAGGUUAUGUUUAUACCUACAGACUGUCCAAGACAGAAACUGGGUCCUGGUGUGCUGAGACAGCACCCGGCGUCCACCAGAGGCACUUUCGGAAAGUGCAUAACCUCAUUUCGGCCUUCCAGAAACCUGACCAAGGCAUCAUAACGCCUCUGCAGCACCCCGUCGUCAACCACGUGAAAGCCAAAUACCUUCCUGGUACUCAUGGGGCGAAGGGAGAUUUGGCCUUGGCUGAGCAGAGCCCUACAUGGCGGUGGGGAUGGAGGUCUUAGAUUUUGCAACUUUGACCCGGGCUAGCCAGCAUUGACAGAAAUAUGUCAUAACUUUGCUACCACGUGAUUGAAGUGCUGGCACCCAGGUGCUCAUUAGGGAUAGGGCCUGUCAGUGCAAUGAGAAAAUGGAUUUUGAAUAUGUAUUCCUGAGUGCUAUACUGGCGGUAGAUACCUUCCCUCCCCACAUCCCUCCCUCUUGUAGGUACGAACCUCCUGAUUUUUGUGCGGUGUUCAUCCUUUCAUAUUUUUGUGGUUAUUUU